AACAUUGAAUCAUAACUAGCUGAGAUGGCAGAGUCAUUUGGGAUGCCUGAGACUGAUAUAACAGCGCUGACUGAAGCGCUCAAGUCUCAACAACACCUUCUGCAGAAGCUUUAUGCUGAUCUUGAUCAGGAAAGAGAAGCUUCAUCUACUGCAGCUGAUGAAGCUCUAUCAAUGAUACUGCGUCUGCAAGGUGAGAAGUCUGCUAUGAAGAUGGAGGCCAAUCAAUACAAAAGACUGGCCGAGGAAAAGAUCUGUCAUGCUGAGGAAGCUCUAGCGAUUUUCGAGGAUCUAAUUUAUCAGAAGGAAAUGGAAAUUGCUUCUUUGGAGUUUCAGCUUCAGGCUUAUAGGUACAAACUCUUGAGCCUGGGUGUCAGUACUGAAUUAGGUACUGCCGAAAAUGUGUAUCCGGAAAACUUGUUGCAGCAAAGAGGUGAUUCUGGGGAAGGGAGUGGUGUUAGUGGGACAAUUAGAAGAAUCAAUUCUCUGCCUCCACUUGAGCUUCAGGAUUUCCUCAACAAGAAAUGCUCUAUCGAAAGAGAGAGUGAAUAUGUACCAAAAGAAAAACCCAUGAUACCAAAACCAGAGUCUGCGAUGAAAAAGGGGGACAGAAAGGUGGACAAGGAAGUUACUUUCCAGGGCCUUGAUACGGAGAGGAAACCGAGGAAUGCUUCCAGUGGCAACCUCAAUUCGAUUUGGGAACAGAUUAAGAAGUUAGACGACCGAGUGAAAGAGAUAUCAGAUUGUAAAGAUUCUGGUAGUAGAGGAAAAUCUGUAAUUUUGAAGGGUCCAGCUAGGACAUGUUCGUUACCUCCAAUUCCGAAAGUAAUCCCAAGCACAUCCAAUGAUACAGAAGGUGAAGAUAUUAUUGCUACCCUGGAUCGAGUUAAUCGUAAUGAAAAUGUGCAGAAAAGGGAGACAAUUACAAGUACUUCAUGCUCAACUGGCAUCCAUGAUGUCUUUGAAGUUCCACAGAGCUAUGAAUGCAGUCCUAAAACCUUGGACAGUCCUAAAGCUUUUUACAGUCCUCAAGCUUUUGAAGGGGAGAAGAAAGAGCUUGAUAUGUUGACGUUUGGUGUUGAGAGUUCUAAAGCUUUUGAAGGUGAGAAGAACGCAUUUAUUGGCAAAGAGGAUUUGCCAUGUGAUGAGAUCAGUGAAUUGCAUGUUCAAGAUGAGACAGAGAGGAUCAAGAAAAUGUUUCAUGGCAAGUUACUCGAGAAUAGAAUGUUGAGUCGAACAACCACUGUUGAUUCAACUGCAAGGGAGAGAGUGGCUGCUGCGGUUACUGAAAAUCAAGCCAGAUUUCAACAGUUGUGGAAGAGAAUAGAGCGGCUUGAGGGAGAGAGAAGUAGUGUGAGAAACGAAAUAAGUCAUGCAGGAGAAGAGGAGAUGAAGUUGUUUAGGGAUAUACGCGAGCAACUUAACUUAAUUCAGUCUGAAAUACAUAGUUGGAAGCCUAAGCAACCUCCUCCACAGGAUGACAAGUCCUUACAUAUUGUUCAAGAGGCAAUGCUACAUUUUUGGCUCUGAUUCAGCAGUCAUAUCACCAAUGAAAUCAAUGUAUCAUCAGUUUUGAAGAUUGCAUUUGCAAAAAAAGGAAUUUGUAAGAGUAUCCUGACUUUGUCUUCUCCAGUGACUGGUGUGAAUGAACCAAUAGAUCGAUUCUUUGAUUUGGAUACAGAAUGUUAAAUUUGCAUAGUGUGCAUUAUGGACUAGGUGCUGACAAAAAAAUGUGUCUUCUUAGAUUGUACAAGGAAUGCUUCGAUGUAAAUUGUUCACUGUUGCAGAUUGUAACAUGUAAGUCAUAUAGUCUUAUAUUGAUCAUU